GCGCAAGUUACGAGUGAGCCGUCUUCAGUUCGUACGCAGAAGUCAACUAAAUAGCAAGCAGUUAUUAUGAGAUGCGGAUUAGCUGGUCUUCUGACAACUAUCAUCACAGUUCUAGCUGAUGAUUUAGUUGUACUAAAACACGGAAGUCUCAAAGGGCAUCGGCUGACGUCACGGAAGGGCCGCGAGAUAUUCGCUUUUCAAGGAGUCCCUUAUGCCAAGCCGCCAGUAAGGGAGUUGAGAUUCAAGCCUCCACAACCUGUAGAACCAUGGACCGGUGUGCUGGACGCUACCAAGGAAGCCCCUGUGUGUGUCCAGCGAGGGUUCCUCCCCAGCGAUAUAGAAGUCAGAGGACAGGAAGACUGUCUCUACCUCAACGUCUACACGCCACGGGUAACGCUCGAAUCCGUGUCUACAGGUUUCCUGAGUACGGAAGAUGCAGAGUGUCCGGGUAAUAACGGAAUGAAAGACCAGGUGGCAGCACUGCGCUGGGUACGUGACAACAUCGCAGAGUUCGGUGGAAACCCGAACAGCGUGACGAUAUUCGGUGAAAGUGCUGGAGGUAGCAGUACACACCUCCACAUGCUCUCUCCUGCCAGCAAAGGUUUAUUCCAUCGUGCUAUCUCCCAGAGCGGCAUUGUUUUAAGCCCCUGGGCACUUACACCUCCAGGAAGCCCGAAGUUAGUGGCAGAACAAGUGGCAGAUGUGUUUAACUGUCCGGUUCAGUCGAGCUCUGAGCUGAUCUCCUGCCUCAGGAAACAAGACGCAUACAAGUUAUACAGCGCGGAACUUUUGAUUCCAACCAAGAGAAUGUUCCCUACCACGUUCACUCCUGUUAUUGAGAAGCAGGUGGGAGAAGGAGAUGAAGUAUUCAUGAGUGAUCACCCCAUGAAGAUACUUCUCAGUGGUGACCUUGAACUCGUGCCGUGGAUGGUGGGAUUUGCGUCCAACGAAGGAGUGUUCUUUACAACAUUUCUACUGGGACCAGAUCAAUCGAAGGCAAAGCUGGUGGAAAAUAGUCUGAUAACAAUUCUGCUUGAAAAUCCCGAGGACAAGUCACUCGUCAAGAAGAUUGUUCAGAAGGUCGAGGAAUUCUACUUCGGAGACAAACGGAUUAUUCAUGCACCCGACUCUGGUAUAACUGAUUUGAUUACCGAUUUAUUUUUCUUGCUCGGGACGAACACAGCAGCCAGACUCCACUCUAAGAGAGGGGCGCAAGUCUAUUAUUACUUAUUUGACUAUCGCGGAACCAACAGCUUCAGUACUCUGGCAACAAAUUCGACUUGUGAUUUUGGCCCUGUUCAUCUGGACGACGUGCUGUAUCUGUUCCCUCAGGAUGUCAUAUUUCGCAAUUCUAAACUGACAGCAGAGGACGAACGCAUGGUGGAGACGAUGACAGCGCUGUGGACAAACUUCGCUCGCAGUGGGUACGUCUUGUGCAGUGGAGACGGAACCUGCACUCAGAACCCUUCUUACUGGUUGCUAAAGGCUCCUCCCAAACGUCGGUUCGCUGUUAAUGGACCACACGGCCUUAUGUUCCAGAACCAAUUAACUUUUAAAUUAAGAUGAGGAACUUAGUCGUCUGAAAGUUGCUUCAGUUAAUAUAAAGUAAUAGUGAUAAAACGGCGAUCACAGUGGUCGC